AUGGCUUACCAGCGUCAGUCUUUGUCUCAAACGACGACCCUCCUGGAGAUCUUCUUCUGCUUGUCUUCUGAUACGUCCAAUCCGAAUGACGCGGGUGAACCUUACAGAUUAGCAAUGACAUUGGGAAAAACCAACUCGAUUCCCAGUGCUGAUUGUAGAGAGUGGUCAGAAUUUGACCACGGAGGAAUAUUCUGGAUGGCACGCUCAGGAAUGAAUGCCAAGGAGAUAUCAGAUCUUAUGAACCUUCCCUACGAAACUAUCAAUGACCUCAUCACGCGAAUGGAGCAAAGAAUGAGAGAAAAGGCAGACCUAAAGCCCAAAAGACUACCCAAGCGUCUCUAAUGUGACAAGAAGCACUUUUAACGCUUGUAAAUGAGUUAUGAUUACAAUUAUGCUUAUGCACAUAUCACGUAGUUUACUUUAUUUUAUUCGUUGUAAUAAUUAAAUUACCCCAAUUUUUGUACAAUGAUGAUAUUAUAUAUAUAUAUAUAUAUCUAUUC